AUGAAUAAAAUCAAAUGGCAAGAACAAAUAAAAGUGACAACGUGGAAUGUAAAAUCAGUGAGUCAAGGAGGAAAAAUACAUAAUACAAUUCAAGAAAUGGAUAGGAUGGGUAUAGAGAUACUUGGAGUUAGCGAGUUUGCCAUGAUCGAACGCAGGAGAUACAUAAAUGGACACAGAGUUCCAUACUCAGCAGACGGGAAGCAUGAGCAUGGAGUCGGUGUAAUACUAUCAGCGAAACCAGCAAGAUGGCUCAGCAGUUUCACACCUGUAUCAGCCUGUAUAAUGUUAUUGCAGCUGAGUAGUAGCCCUAGUGAUGUAAAUAUAAUACAAGUACAUGAGCCUACAAUGGACAAGAAAGAUGAAAAGAUAGAAGAAUUUUAUGGCAACAUAAAUGGAAUUUUGAGAAAACGUAACAAAUACGAGUUCACAACUGUGAUGGAGAUUUUAAUUCAAAAGUAG